AUGCCAAAAGGAACGAUGAAUAAUUAUGUGAUGAGAUCAAGUCUUCCUGGCUAUCAGGGAUGUGAUACCAUUAAGAUUGAAUACUAUUUUCCAUCUGGAUGGCAGGGGGCUAAUGAUCCUAGUCCUGGGAGCAGCUAUUCUGGUACAAGUCGUACUGCCUAUCUCCCUGACAACCGUGAAGGCCGUGAAGUGUUACGUUUAUUGAAGUUGGCAUUUGAACGUAAAUUGACUUUCAUUAUUGGUACUUCAGUGACAACUGGAUGUAACAAUACCGUUGUAUGGAAUGACAUUCAUCAUAAAACCAGCAAAUAUGGAGGACCCUCUGGA